AAACCAACAAAUGUUCUUUUGAACUUGUAAACAGAGCAAAAUAAUGAAACCUAUCAUAUUCAAGGACUGAUUUGACGAAUCACCAUAUUUCAACAUUUCCAAGUGCAACGUUUCCAAGGCAUGACGUUUUCGGAGUAUGAGAUAACAAGGUAAGAGAAGGAUAUAGUACGAGGGGGAGUGACUUAUAAAAGCAUCGAAGCCGGAGCCUGAGAGAAAAGAAGAACGAGACGGUUUAGAGGAUAGCCUUUACCUGGAUGUUACCUGAACGUGUUUCCAGGUAAAUAUUUCUCCUCAUCAGUCGACCUUAGAAUGCAGGGAUGAUUCAGAGGCAAGGCUGCCAGCAAACAUAUAUAGUCUACACCAUCUCCGUGCAUAGCCUACAACAGCGGAGUGACUUAUCAAUGGUACAGUCAAGUAGACUUUAUCAAGCAGACGAACUUACCAUUUAGAGAUAUCCAAGCUGUGAGUGCUUCUGGUAAACUACUUGUAGUGACUAGCAAUUCAAUGCAUAAACACCAGUGAGGGAGCCCUUUACUUCUUGCUUGGUACUAUCUAGUACCAAGAAUUUAUAUCGUUGCUAGCCGUAAAUACCUUUACCGAUCAGUGUUAUGUCUCGAGCAGCACAACAUGAAACCCAACGAUGUUUCGGAGGAGAAUUGUAAAAAUAUGGAGAAUUCUAUGACAACAACCGAGGAGAAAACGAUAGAUGAUGUCGAGAAAAAGAUUCCGUCGUAUGAUGAGCUGGAUCUCGAUGACCUGUUGUCCAGGAGCCGACCUUUGACCACGAGACGGAGAAGGUGCUUCUACGAGGCUCCUGAAUUUAUCCAGCGUCUCUCAGCUUAUGAGGAGAAGAACGCCGGAGAUUCAAUUGUACUGGAAAGCAAAGUAAAGGGCUUCCCCUCACCCUCUGUGAAAUGGUUCAAAGAUGAGGACCAACUCAGCGAUGAGGAUGAACGGUAUCUCAUACAACGUGAUAUGGGAUUACUUCUUCUCACAAUUGAAAACUUAGCCAAGGCAGAUGAAGGGACAUAUAAGUGUAAAGCUGAGAACUGCGAAGGGUCCACGUCCACCUUUAGUUACGUUAGUGUUAAAGGUGAAACCAAACCCAAGCGUCCCAAGAGGAAAUCUUCCCACUCUCCGGUCCGAAGUCCAAUAGCCUUCCCUCCUAACAUUGCAACUAUUGUGGAGGACGCCAUUAAGGAGGAACGAGAGGAGGAAGAGUACAGUCAUUUACCCCCCUCUCCUAUAGACUAUGACAAGAUUCGCAAAGCCCGCUCCUGGCCAAGGACCGUAAAGAAGCAACGCACGUUAAGUGACCCCGAGGACUACACGAAAGAGAAUGAUGGAAGCAUUAGUCCAGAUUUCAGUAGUGACGAUCGUUAUGACGAUGAUGACAGUGCUGCUGAUGACGAUGACGACGACGUCUUCCAAAUGAUCAAUGACAAGACUGAGGAGCUGAUCACGUCCAUACCAGAGAAACAAGAUUUGGAAAAUACUGAGAAGAACCAAGAGAGACCAACAUUUCUACUGCAUGACGAAUCAAAUGAGCAGACUAUUGACACAGUCAAUGAUGACGAUAAAGACAACAAAAAUAGGGGCAAUGGUAUAAUAAAAUAUCUCGAAAAUGUCAGUGAUAGCAAGUCUCCUAUAUUGGGACGACGAAAAAAGCUGGCUGAAACUGAGGAGGAGAAAGGAACGGCCGAGACACCAGAGAAGGCGAAAUCCUUCCCUCCUUUUGUAGCAUCAAAAGUCGUCUCUACUCCAGAGCUGCUGAGUUUUUCAUCUGAAAUUGACAAAUCAGAGUCGUCCCUCCUCAGACAAACAAUAUCUGAACCGAGCAAUAUGGAUAAUAUAGACAAAAGUGGAUACGUGGAUAUUCAUAUUAAAGUAGAACGCCCAAAAAGUGACCUUAUUGAGGAAUUCAACUUGAAGCAAAUAGAAAAAGAGAUGAAAGAAAAGGAACUCUUGGAGAAAGAAAUGGCUGAAAAACAAACUGCUGAGGAUACAAGCAUUAUGGAGGACCCCAUUAUCUGCAGGGAUCGGACACAACCUUGCUUAACAAUGCCGGCGGAACAACUGCCAGGAAUCUCAAGUAACUCCCCAAAGUGCUCCUUAUAUUCAUGUUUCGAAAGUCUCGGGGAGGAUGAAAUUAAAAUAAUGCAGUUUUAUGCAUCACUCGUGGCAUCAUCUACAUUUUUAGCAUCUGCCACUGAAUUUAGUCCCACAUGGUUCAUCAUCAUUGUUGGCCUUGCAACGUUUAUAUUCAGCGCAGUCAGAUCAUUUUACAGCAAACAACCAUCUUGACAAAUUAACAUAAAGUAUAGGUAAAAGUAUGCAUUCAUACCUACUUAAACACUUUAAGUGAUCGAACAUGUAUAUAUAUUUGAAAUUAUUUUGGUUCAUUAACUGUUAAAUGAUUUAAGUAUGAUGCUAGUGUCAAACGAUUCUUAUGAAGAAAAAUUCACAAGUGCUCAAUCAGUGAAAGUGCCAAACGAACCCACGGGGCCUUGGACGGUUCUUUAACAUAUUUAUAUUAAUACAAACGUACACAAUGUACGUUGUUUACGGAAGAAUUGAAAUCGUAGUUGUUAAUGUUAUAUUGAUACUGAUGUAGAUACUCAAUUGAUCCAUAACAGUGUAUAGACUUGUAGUGAUGCUUCGCUUUACAGUUUAGGUUAACCUAGACAUACUUCUGAAGUAUAGCGUUGACAGCCCAACGUCAGGCGUUGAUAACUUGACGAGGCUUGUUUCACGGCUUAGAUGA